GUGUGUCUGAGAGACAGCGAGAGAGAGAGUCAAAGGGACGGUGAGAUUUGCCGUGGAAGGCGAGUGCGGUGGUCACGCCACCCUCGCCCGCAAAAUCUAGGAUUCUGUGGGGAGCCGAAUUAGUUGUUUCUUCUCCGAAAUCAUCAAGGAUCCUCGAUCUAGGUGGAUUCCAACGAUUGCACCUCCUUGACGAGGAAUUUUUGUUGGGAUCGAGAGGUACGCUGUGAAGGCUUCUGGAUUCUUCUUUGGUGAUUCUGGGGGAUUGGGAAGGCUUGUGAGGGCUACUGCGGCAGAAAGCUUCGAGCUUUCGUGGUUUUAUAGGUGUUUUUUUUUCUUCUGGGGGGUGUUCGAGUUUGCUAGGUGGCCACGGUGGUCGUUGAUGAUGGCGAUGGUGGAUGGGGAGUAGGAAAGGCGGGGUCGGCGUGGAAGACGGUAAGCGAGCGGCGAGCGGGAUGCCGAGCUUCGUUUCCUCACCGGUGGCUCAGAACAUUGUCGCGGAGGGGAACACUAAGCAUCCAUCUAGAGUUUCUGACUUUGGCAUGCUUGAGCAAUCUGUUGGGCGCAACUUAGAAGCAGCUGCUGAUUUCAUCAGAAAUCCUGAAGUUAAUCCAAAACCUAGUGUUCAAACCAGUAUUUCUGGUCCUUCUCAUUUUGAUAAUUUUAGUAAACCUCUUGGAAUCAGUAAUAUUUCUACAUCGACAGCCAGAGUUGGAUCAUUGACGGUGCCCCUACACAAGGGGCAGCGACCUCAUCUGGUUUCACUUGCUAGUGGUCAGUUUGAAAACUGGGGUGAGACCACAAUGGCAGAUGCUAGCCCGAGGACAGACGCUUCAACAGAUGUGGAUACUGGUGACAAAAAUCACAAGCCAAAAAGAGGGCAACUUGCUGCAAUAGCAGCUUCUGAUUCUAGUGACAAGACCAAGGAGAAAACAGGGGAUCAAAAGACACUUCGUCGACUUGCACAAAAUCGUGAAGCUGCAAGAAAGAGUCGGCUAAGGAAAAAGGCAUAUGUACAACAACUAGAGGGUAGCAGGCUGAAACUUACUCACAUUGAGCAGGAGCUUCAACAUGCUCGACAGCAGGGAAUUUUUAUUUCUAGCUCAGGAGAUCAAUCCCAUGCAAUGAGUGGAAAUGAGGGGUUGGCUUUUAACAGUGAAUAUGCACGAUGGCGAGAAGAGCACAAUCGGCAGAUCAGUGAACUCAGGACUGCCGUGAAUGCACAUGCCAGUGAGAAUGACCUCCGUGCUAUUGUGGAUGGCAUCAUGGCACACUAUGAUGAGAUUUUUAAGCUCAAGGGCACUGCUGCAAAAGCAGAUGUCUUUCACAUGUUAUCAGGCAUGUGGAAGACACCUGCCGAGAGGUGUUUCCUGUGGCUAGGAGGUUUCCGCUCAUCUGAACUCCUAAAGCUUCUUAAAAGUCAGCUAGAGCCACUUACAGAGCAGCAAUUGAUGGGUCUGUGCAAUCUCCAGCAAUCCUCUCAGCAGGCCGAGGAUGCUCUCUCGCAGGGGAUGGAGGCACUGCAGCAGUCUUUGGCAGAAACAUUGGCUGGGUCUCUUAGCUCCUCGGGGUCUUCAGGCAACGUUGCGAACUACAUGGGUCAGAUGGCUAUGGCCAUGGGGAAACUUGGGACUCUCGAAAAUUUCCUUUGCCAGGCUGACAACCUGCGGCAACAGACUCUACAACAAAUGUGUCGGAUACUAACUACUCGUCAAGCUGCACGAGCACUUCUUGCCAUCAAUGACUACUUCUCACGGCUUCAUGCCCUGAGCUCUCUUUGGCUUGCUCGGCCUCGUGACUAAGGAGACAGAUAACAUUGCUUCCACAAUCUUACGGCCUACUCCGAAGGUUCCAUUGCAGAUAUUGCUAAAUCAACUGGCUACUUGGAUCUAAUUGUUACGGUUCGAUGGCGACUUUGAAUCAGGAGAUCAUGUAUAGUCAUUAUGCCAUCACCUCUCUUUUUUCUUUUGCUUUGUAAGCGUAACUUGAUAUUUCACCAUUGUGUAUUGACUGUAGUUGUAUAUCUUUAACAAAAGUAUUGUAAUGAUAGAUCUAAAUGGUUUGCUAAUGUUCUAUCCACAUUUUUAGUUCCA